GCUACCUUGCAUAUGAUUGGAGGCUCAGCAAUGAUAUUCGGAUUAAGAUGCAUUUGGGAGUCCCUAUUUCCAAAUCAGCGUGUCUAUUACAAGUUUUAUGACAUUGAACGUCUUAGCAUUAAUAAUGUUAACGAUGUAGAGCGAUCAACCAUUGACUUGGCGAAUUGGUUGAUGACCAUGGAUAGAGUUGGUCAACUUUACUUUAUACCUUGGAACAUACGGGAACAUUGGAUGUUGGUGAUUGCUAUGCCAAAAGGAAAAAUCGUGUUCUUAGAUCCAUUGAAAUCACACAAACGUCCAGAAGAAAUAGAUUCAAUGAUAAUGAGUCACACACAAUUGGGGGAUUUAGGGCUUGGGUGGACGGCGGCUGUUGGUGGUGAAGGGUGGCUGUUGGUGGUGAAGGACGACGGUGACUGUGGGUAA